AUGGCUCGGAUCGCGCUUUUUAUCUUUAGCAUACUCAUUUGUGGGUUACGAGCUCAUGAUUCAACCAGAUGUGAUUAUUUUGAUUCCGUUGAUCUGACGAAUGCCCGGAAACUUGAAAAUGGUUCCUAUGUGUUUCAAGGCAUUCUGAUUCCAGCAGAGUAUACGUUCAAGCACGUGGAAAAUCAGACUAGUAUACGGGGAUGUGUUUGUGAAAUCAAGCCAUGCAUCAACUUGUGCAGCCCUGCAGUAGACUCCCAGGGGUCCCUAAGCUGGGAUGUAAAAAUGAAGGAUGGGAAUGUUGUCAACAAACACUUGGAAGAUUUGUUUGCCUUACAGCCGGGCAGUAACAUGCAGUGCGAUUGGUAUUAUGAUUUCGAUCCUGCGAAUAAAUCAGAGGAUAUGUGGGAACUGCUUGAGAAUGGUUCCUUGGCUGUUCCGCAUGCUAAGCCAUCUCCUAUACUCCCAAAACAGAUGUACUGUUUCGUUUUCCAUGUGAAUAAUGGCACCCUUAUUGCCAAAAACUGCAUUAGGAAAAUCCGGCCCUACGACUUUCCGCAAAACUAUACUCAAAUUGGAUAUUUUGCCGUAAUGGCCGCGUUUCUGUGGCUUUCUGUUAUUAGCUAUAUUCUAUGGAAAACAUUAACUUCCAAAGGCAGCCACUGCCUCCUGGCUGAGACUGGAUGUAAAAAAUACAAAUUGUAUGUUUGGGGAACAGCCACCGUAUUACUAGUUGUGUCAGUCUUGGCCGACAAUUUCGUCAGCAAAUCUAAGUGGAAACCCAACUUUGGUGCCUAUUCUGGCUGGAUCGCAACUGAUAGUGUGUCUGCGCUCAUCUACUAUUAUGGGCCUAUGUCCCUUUUGAUAUUCGGCAAUAUAACCAUGUUCGUACUGACGGCUGUGGAUCUUAUUAAAACGGGAAUAACAAUCCAAAUCAAAUCAGUGUAAACAAGGAGCAGCAAAAGGCGA